UUUUUCUCUUCUUGAUUUUCACAUGUUCCUCUGUUUGGCUGUUUACUAGUCUGCAAAUUUAACACUAUAUAUUAAGUGACAAACACAAUCUUUUUUAAAAUAUAGAGUGUUUCUUGCUUACCUCAAAUCUCUUAAAAGAUACUGAAAAGGAGUUAAUUCGACGCAUCUCGGCAAUGGGGAGUCGUAUGCCCUUUGCUAUAAUUACCUUCACCCUCGUCAUCUUCCUCUAUGGAGCUCAAUCUGUGACUUUCGACUUCACAAACAAGUGUCCAUACACAGUCUGGCCAGGAACUCUAACGGCUGCUGGCGGUCCGUCUUUAUCUUCAACUGGCUUCACAUUGGCAACGGGUGCUUCAUCUUCGCUGAGUGUCCCUGUCAAUUGGUCUGGCCGCUUGUGGGCCAGAACGCAAUGCUCUACAGAUGCCUCGGGAAAGUUUGUUUGUGCUACUGCUGACUGUGCCUCUGGUGUCAUAGAAUGCAAUGGAGCCGGUGCGAUCCCACCAGCAUCCUUGGCAGAAUUUACUCUAAGCGGUGAUGGUGGGAAAGACUUUUACGAUAUAAGCCUUGUUGAUGGCUUUAACAUCCCAAUUUCGGUAACCCCGCAAGGAGGUUCUACUGGCUGCCCUUCUACAAGCUGUGCAGCUAACGUGAAUGCUGUUUGUGAUCCUAGUUUAGCAGUGAAAGGUUCAGAUGGGACUGUGAUUGCCUGCAAGAGUGCGUGUUUGGCAUUUAACCAGCCGCAGUACUGCUGCACAGGAGACCAUAAUACAGCUGACACAUGUCCUCCUACCCAAUAUUCGAAGACUUUCAAGCAGCAGUGUCCUCAAGCUUAUAGUUAUGCUUAUGAUGAUAAAUCGAGCACGUUUACUUGUCCUAGUGGAGGCAACUAUUUGAUUACCUUUUGUCCAUGAUCAAAUGUGGUGGUUCACAACUCUUUCUUUUUAUGGAAAGAGUUGGAGAACAACACAUUUAAUAAAUGUUUUUAUGAUAAUUAAUAAAGAAAUGGAAUAAUAGAUUUGGGAUUGACAUAUCCCAAAAGGAUCGUUUAUCAAUUUUCAUGCUGUUGAUAUGGUAAAACUGUAUGCCAUUCAUUAUCAAUUAACGAUAUUUUCAGUUCA